AGCUGACGUUGUGCUCAGCCGAGCUCCCGCGCCUCAUCGCGCCUUGUCAUCUCGUCACCUUUCAUGGCUCGCUUCGUCGUUGUGGCCAUCGCUCUUGCUGCUCGCGGGGCAGCGGCUGCGGCAGACAUUCUGCUGGCAUCCUUCGAUGGAAAAGCUAGCCACCAGUGGAAGCAGAUGAACGACCCAGUGAUGGGUGGCAAGUCGACCGGCACCUUCAGUGUGGCGAACAAUGUGGGCAUUUUCGACGGGGAGGUCGUGGACGUGCCUUUCCUGAAGGCUCCAGGCUUCAUCAAAACCUCCGUGGUGGAUAUGAAGCCCUUCACACGAAUCUUCCCGGACAUCUCCGCCUGCAAGAGCAUCAAGCUCGAGGUGAAGUCUGACAGUGACUACAAGGGCUACCGCUUCUCCAUCGGCAACGCCCAUGCGCCCGGCGGCAAGUUCUUCGCCUAUGGCUACAAGUCCAACUUCAACGCUGGCGCUCCUGGCCAGUGGACCACGGUGACCUUGCCCUUGUCGGGCUUCACCGAUUACUGGGACGAUGCCACUGGGGAAGCGAUCAAGACCUGCCAGGAGAACAAGAUCUACUGCCCUGAUGUCAAGACUCUACAGGACAUGAGGACCAUGGGCUUUUGGGCAGAAGGCGUGGCAGGCAAGGUGCACCUGGAAAUCAAAUCAGUCAUGGCAACCGACUGCACUUCAGACAUGGUGGUUUGAGGUGAGUGAGAAGUGGAGAACAUGACCGCCACGACCCGUUGCGGGAGUCCAAGUUACGAGAAUAGUGAGGCAGCUCGGACGUUGGAGUCAGGCAGCUCGUCACCCGAUGCUGUUUUGCCCAGUUUGGAUGAUUUCCCGAGAAGGGCCAGUGGGAUAGAAGUUUGGGGCCCUGAGCCUUCGAACAUGUGCUUUGACUAGGCAUGAAAGAAGGGCUCCACUUGCCUUUGGAUGCUCCAACCUGUGG